AUGUGCCGAGAUGGGUGUAUAGAAAACGUCGGCAUGUCACAUCGUUCGAAGACUCGAAUGGUUCUGGAUGUAUUGGAACGGAUGGGUUUCCAACUUAUGAUGACACCACGAUCGUCAGCUCGUGAUCGGUAUCAGAAGUGGACCUUUUCUCCGGAUGGACGACUGUGGUGUGAAGGCUUGCCGAACAUGGCGGUCACUCAUCAGGCUCCCAAUAUAUUCCUUUCUAAAAAUGAAGCUGACGAAGAUGACGUCAUGCCAUCGUCAUCACAAGUGUGGAGGAUUCAGCGACAGCGGCCAGGUAGUGGAACGUUGGAAGUAGAGUGCCUACACAGUGGGCCGACGCUGGUUGUCCGUAUCACCGACAGAGAAGAUCGUAUGAGGACCCUGUCGAUGCCUGUCUUACCGAAGGCAGCUAGACCAGCACAAGCAGUCACAUUUAGACAGGGUACAUCGUAUGUUGAGAAGUUCCAGCAAGGAGCGUCAGUGGAGAUUGACAAUCAGCUUUUGAAUUCUGAUAAAUGGCAAGUCCUCUACUGUCAACCGGAAGUUCUCAUGCCAGAUGACGAUUCUCACUCUCCAUGGGCGAAUGGUGAUCUUCCACCUGGCGUAUCUGGAACUGCAAGGCCAGCAUUGAAGUUGGAAAUGAACUGCACACCGAUGAAGCACUACGAUGCCUUUGAUUGCUUCCGCGUGAAGCUAUGCGAUUUGGACGUGCAGUUGGACGAGCUACUUCUGUGGAAACUGUCUGGAGCGGACCGAUCCAUGCGAACAAGACGGUGGUACUUUGGUACGUUAGAUUUGGAAAUGGGACAAAUUGCCUUGAGCGUUGUCACCGUGUCGAAAUCGAGCCUUCCACCCGAAUGUCGGCAAUUAAAGCAGCAGUUCAAUAUGAAAUUAGUUUCAUUUGAAAAUGCCGCCGUCUAUUUACCACCGUUCCGUCAGUUCCACUAUUUUGAGACCAGUUCAUUUCUUCUGGAAAGUCUUCAGAAGUUCUAUUUUGCUGAACUCCAAAAGCAGACGUUGAACAUCGUCGUGACAUUAGAUGCGUUCGGUAAUCCACUAGGGUUGGUGACGGAUUUGAAGGAUUCGUUCCAGGUGAGCAGAUCAGUUUGA